UAAGCCAAACUGUUGUAAGCCGACGAGGAAGCAGAGUCACAGAGCACUCAGGACUGUGUGUUUGUGUGUCUAACCUUUGAUCAGGUCAGAACAAACAUGGUGUCUGUCACAGAAACAAAGCGGCUGUUCUUUCUACAGCUCCUCAUCGCUUCGCUCCCAGCAUGCACUGGGGUUCCUGGAGCAGCUGUGUUCGUAAACAGACCUGAGGCCAGCAUCUUCUUGCAUCGUAGCCGUCGGGCGAAUUUUCUGUUUGAGGAAUUUAAGCAGGGAAACCUGGAGCGAGAGUGCUUGGAGGAGAAAUGCUCCUAUGAGGAAGCUAAAGAGAUCUUCUCUCUUCCCCAGCAGCUGGAGACCUUCUGGAGGAAGUACACAGCGGUGGAUCAGUGCCUAUCUUCUCCCUGUAAGAACGGAGCCACGUGCACUCGUCACCUCUCUACCUAUGUCUGCAAGUGUCCAGCCGGCUUCCACGGGUCCAACUGUGACAAAAUUCGUUUGACCUUCAACGGCUGCCGCUACAGGAACGGGGGAUGUGAACACUUCUGCAGAGAGCUUCCAGACCGUUCCUACAUGUGUUUCUGUGCUCCAGGGUACAGCCUGGAUCAGGACAACAGCACCUGCGUGCCUCAAGUUGAUGUUCCCUGUGGACGGCCAAUGGUCCACGUGGUUCCCAGGGUUGUUAAUGGGAAAGUCUGCCCGAAAGGACACUGUCCAUGGCAGGCCCUGCUGACAGAAAACAAUGUCUACAGCUGUGGAGCCAUCGUCCUAUCAGACCAGUGGAUUCUAACUGCAGCUCACUGUGUUUGGAGGAAACCUCUGGCUAUUUUCCACAUCACUGUUGGUGAACAUGAUCGAAAGAAGGAUGACAUGACUGAGCAGAGGCGGCGGGUGACCGAUGUUGUGAUUCAUCCAGAUUACAACCACUCUAGUUAUGACAGCGACCUGGCCAUGCUGAAGCUCUAUCACCCAGUGAAGCUUGGACGCCACGUCGUCCCGAUUUGCCUUCCUGCACGAAACAGCACAUUUGGACGCACUCUAGCAACCAUCCGCUACACCACCGUGUCUGGCUGGGGACGGCUGGCACAGAUGGGGUCCCAAGCCAAUGUCCUCCAGCGGCUGGAGCUGCCCAGGGUUCCUCUGCAGGAAUGCCGCCUCCACACCAAGCUCAACAUCACCAGAAACAUGCUCUGCGCCGGGCUGAAGAGCGGCGGGCGAGACUCCUGUGAGGGCGACAGCGGAGGCCCCCUGGUCACACGCUACCAGAAAACCUGGUUCCUGAUAGGGGUGGUGAGCUGGGGGAAGGGGUGCGCCAACGAGAACAUGUACGGUGUCUAUGCCAAGGUCAGCAACUUCCUGGACUGGAUCGACAAAAUCAUGUCCACUGGUUAAAAUAAUCUCACGCACCAAUAACAGUUAUUAAUCAUUUGAUUAUAAUUACAUUUACAUAUGAACAAUAAAACAUUCAAUCCUAUCACCUGUUCAAUCAUUUGUCUAAACGUAAAGAAAUCAAAUCCAGCGAAAAGAGAAAAAGUGCAAAUAAACAAAAACAAAACAAAGAAAAG